UCUGUGAGUUCCCACUUGUCCAGCCUGCGCCUCUCUCAGUCACAAAGAGUCUCUCUGAAGCUCCACCAUGAAAACCUCCAAGCAAACAACAUACUCCGUGCGCUCCUCCACCAGCAGCAGGGUUCCUGCUGUGUCCAUCACCCGCGCCUCCGCCCCUGUCUACAGGGCCUCCUCCAUCCACGGUGGAGCCGGUGGGAACCAGAUCAGCGUCUCCAGUCGCGGUGGCCUGUCAAGCGGGAUGGGAGUGAGCUCCGGAGCAGGGGGCUUCUCCAGCAGCUUCCAGGUAAGCGCCAGCGGGAAGAGCGCUGACAUCAUGGGGAACGAGAAGUUCGCCAUGCAGAACUUGAACGACCGCCUGGCCAACUACCUGGAGACGGUGAGGAACCUGGAGCAGGCCAACCACAAGCUGGAGAUCAAGAUCAAGGAGGCCCUGGAGAAGAGCGGCCCUGACUUUAGAGACUACAGCAAGUACCAGGUCAUCCUGGAUGACCUGAGGAAGAAGGUGUUCGAUGCCACCACCGACAAUGCCCGCCUGGUCCUCAACAUCGACAACGCUCGACUGGCAGCCGAUGACUUCAGAGUGAAAUACGAGUCCGAGCUGGCCAUCCGCCAGUCCGUGGAGGCCGAUAUUGUCGGCCUGAGGAAAGUCAUCGAUGAUACCAACAUGAGCCGCAUGAACCUGGAGAGUGAGAUCGAGGGACUGAAGGAGGAGCUCAUCCAUCUAAAGAAGAACCACGACAACGAAGUAAUGGAACUCCGUCAGCAGAUUUCCCAGUCUGGAGUCCAGGUAGAUGUCGACGCCCCCAAAGGACAGGACUUGUCGCAGGUCAUGGCUGAGAUCAGAUCCAAAUAUGAAAAGAUGGCACUGAAGAACCAGCAAGAGUUGAAAGCAUGGCACGAGUCGCAGAUGUCAGAGGUCCAAGUCCAGGUCAGCCAAAACACAGAGGCGCUGAAGGGUGCCCAGACAGAACUGAAUGACCUUCGCAGACAGAUCCAGACUCUGGAGAUUGACCUGGAGUCACAGAGGAGCUUGAAAGCGUCGUUGGAGGGAACGCUGAGAGACACAGAAAUGCGUUACAACAUGGAAAUUGAGUCGCUCAACUCCAUCAUACUGGGUUUGGAGGCGGAGCUCACGCAGUUGCGCAGCAACAUCCAGCUGCAGACACAGGACUAUGAAGCCCUGCUCAACAUGAAGAUGAAGCUGGAGGCUGAAAUCGCAACAUACAGACGGCUUCUGGACGGACAGGAUUUCACGCUCCAAGAUGCUCUGGAAGACCAGAAAACCGUGAAGACCAAAGUCAUGACCGUGACACAGACCCUGGUGGAUGGGAAGGUUGUGUCCUCCAGCACAGAGACCAAGAACCUUUAAACAACACCAUCUUUAGUUACAACCAUGACAUGUUACAUUGAUAGCAAUAAUAAAAAAAAAACCUAACUAGUGAACCUCCUGGGUGAACAUCUCCUCCACAGGCAGAUAAUAAACUGGACAAAGAAACAACCCAUCUGAUAUUUAUUUUACUGCGACACUUUUAUUUAUGCUUUUUUUUAAUUUGAGAACUAUGGAAGAUGUGGUUAUUGACAAUUUGAAACCUUUAAAGUUUGCUUUUCUACUUGUCCACUUGAGUCAGCCUGAUGUGACUGAUAGAACAUGAAUAAAGUCCACUCCAGGAAGCAAA